CAAAAUUUCUAUGGAAAAAUUGACCAAAAGACACACAGUUUUCUCCGAAGCCGCUAUACAAGGGGUGAACCUGUUCAUGUAUGCCAUGUCCAAGGUGCUCCAGGGAUAAAUCUCAUGGCAUGCCAGAGUAUUGUUUCCAUGGCUUGCAUCGCAUUGCUCCUUGGAGCCCUCAUGGCGUUCCCUACAAGUGUCCAGCCCAUUGGUGUUUGUUAUGGAACACUUGCAAACAACCUACCCCCAUCUAGUGAGGUAGUGGAGCUCUACAAAUCCAACAACAUUGAGCUGAUGAGGCUCUACUAUCCAAUCCCAGAUGCUCUCCAGGCCCUAAGAGGAUCCAACAUCAAACUCUUACUAGAUGUCCCUAAUGAAGACCUUCAAUUAUUAGCCUCUGAUCCAUCGGCAGCAAGCUACUGGGUCCAAACAAAUGUGACUGCCUAUUGGCCGGAUGUUUCAUUUCGAUACAUCGCAGUCGGCAAUGAGGUUAUGAGAGGAGAUAAAGCCCAGUAUGUGCUCCCUGCCAUGCAGAAUAUAUACUCUGCUCUAUCCUCAGGAGGACUGCAAGAUCAAAUCAAAGUCUCAACAUCAGUUUCACAAGAGGUCCUUGGGUUAACAUUUCCUCCCUCACAUGGUGACUUCUCUCCUGUUGCAAAACAGAACUUGGAGCCAGUAGUACAGUUCUUACUGAAGAAUGGAGCCCCACUCCUUGUGAAUGUGUAUCCCUAUUUCGUUUACAUUUACAACAAACAAGACAUUACAAACAUUUCUUAUGCCUUGUUCACUUCCUCAUGGACCGUUGUAAAGGAUGGGCAGUAUAGCUACCAGAACCUCUUCGAUGCAUACAUGGAUGCACUGUACUCGGCCUUAGAGCAGAUAGGAGGUUCUGCUGUGGAGAUUGUAGUGUCCGAGAGCGGUUGGCCAUCGGCCGGUGGUGAUUCAGCAACGAUCGGUAAUGCGCAGACAUACAAUCAAAAUUUGAUUAAUCAUGUCAGUAAAGGGACACCAAAGAGACCUGGAAAAGCUAUAGAGGCUUAUAUAUUUGCCAUGUUCAAUGAGAACCAAAAGCCAGCAGGGGUAGAGCAACACUGGGGGCUAUUCUAUCCAAAUGAGCAACCUGUCUACCCAAUUCAGUUUCAUUAAAAGAUGAGAGAGGAUUACAACAAAAAUUAAUCAUAGGUAAAGAAACACCUUCUGGAAUAACAAUCAGAAGGAAUGGACAAUUUCCUGUCUGCUUGAAUAAAGCUUUUAUAAUAAAAUUUCUUCAUGUAACUUGGUGGUUGCAAUGACACUGCCAAAGAGAUUCUUCUACACUUUAAUUGGUCAUUUUAGUUUCUU